CGUGCUUGCGGGAGGUUCUCGCGUCAGUGAACGUGUCCGUGUGUGUGUGUGUUUCCAAUGUAAAUUGGAUCCAAUUGAAUCCAAUUGGAAUCCAAUGGAAUUUCGAUCAGGAUCGUUUCGUGUUAUAGCUGGUUAGAGAACCGUGAAUCCAGUGUUCUGGACUCUAUUUAUCUCCACAUAUUCGUGUAAUAUACCGAACGAUUCACGUGCACCCACAGAACAAACGAUUCCCUGUUUUGUCGACGAUGGAAGUGCGCGCGAUACGUGUUCCGUGAACUCGACGAAUUUUCAAAUUUUCAUCGACGACACACGUGUACGUUAGUGUCCCUGGAGUGGUAACAACGGAAUGUGUUUAAUCGCCGCGCACAAUUUCACAGUAAUCUUGGACGUCAAGAAGUUCGCGAAGUCGGAGGUACGAUGCAAAAUUGUUCCGGCGACGAGCAGAACGACGUCGUCUACAAGGAUGUGGUUAUCAUAGGAAACGGACCCAGUGGAAUAUGCCUUUCUUACAUGCUCGCCGGGAAUUGGCCGUAUUACACCGGCGAGCCGCAUCCGGGGGACGAAAUGUUGACCGCGAGACUGCACUCGAGCACGAGACACGGGAACGAGGAGUGCGGAAACGGAACGGUCGGUACAACCGGAAUUAGGCAGGAAACUGAUACGAAUGGGACGGCGGGCAAUAGGUGGCAGAGCAGGCUGGAAGGAUGCGAGAUGAAAAGUCAAGGAAGGGGUUUGGCGCGUAGCACGCGAAACAAACUGGAAUCCCUGUCCUCGGGGCUGGAGGGUAGAAUUGGUGGCCGACCGUUGUCAAUUUUAAUGGAUCAACUUCAGCAUCCCUGUGUGGACAUGGGUCUCGAUGUUCCGUCUCUUUUAACCUGGAAAACCGCCGAGCAACAUCACGAGCACAAGGUGAUCGACCAUGUCGUGCUCGGUAAGGGUCGGCCCGGUGGCACUUGGCAGUCGAUGGAUCCUAACGUACUGACCAUCAGCUUGAACCGAUGGAUGUCGUUGCCCGAUUUAGAUAUCAGACAGUGGGAGAAGAUGAUAGAGUCUGAACAACUUUGGAACAUGAGCUUGACAGAGGGCGGAACGUAUGCGCAAGAAUUUCAAGAGAAAACGACCGGAUGUAAGACAGCCAGUAGAAUAUCCGUAGGGACGGUGGCCGCUUACUAUGACGACUAUGUACGGAAAAAGGGAUUGGAGCAGUACUUUCGUUGCGGGACUGUGGUCACGUCCGUUAAGCCCGUCGGUAUCUCGCACGGUCGCGAGGAAGACUCUCAAUACGGAUGGACGGUGGAGGGUUUUGAGACGAAGACUGGAAAGCGGUUUCGAUAUCGUUGCAAAAGAGUCGUACUCGCGACAGGCACCACCGACUCGCCGAAUCGGUUAGGUAUACCCGGCGAGGAAUCACAGACCGAGUGGGUCACGCAUGAUCUGAACGAUCUCGAAUCGAAAUUGGACCGACUCGUCGAUCGACAGAACGAUGGCGAACUCUUGAACCGAUUCGCGCCUGUUCUGGUAAUAGGAGCCGGUCUGAGCGCGGCGGAUGCGAUAAUGGCUGCACGUUUUCGAAGUAUACCCGUGUUGCACGCGUUCCGUGACUCCUCCACCGAAUGGAACAAAGCGGACGACGAGAAAACACACCACACCAAGUACGGUAAACUCCCGGGUCUGCCCAGUUCAAUGUAUCCCGAGUAUCAUAAAGUUUACGAGAUGAUGGCGGACGGAGGUACCAAUUAUCCUCUCUACAAAGCGUUACCAGGAUAUACGCUCGUUCAGUUAUCUUCGAACGGAAACGAUCGUAUUGGGGGCGCUGCGUCAGACUUCCGAACGGUCACGAUGUCAUCACCAGAUGGUCAGCUACGUUUGUUUCGAGUCUCGAACGUCGCAAUAUUAAUCGGGUACAAACCCGAUCUGUCCUACCUGGAGGGAGGCGGUACCGGUCUCGGGAAAUACUCCGAUAAACCUAUAGACGGUAAAACGAACCCGAUCGAGGUCGACGAUUUCACGUACGAGAUGAUCAAAGCACCGAGAACCGGUCUCUACGCCCUAGGCCCAUUAGUUGGUGAUAAUUUUGUACGUUAUAUACUUGGCGGAGCGUUCGGAAUUUUAGCACACAUUCUGAGUACCUCUGCCACCUGAGACGUACUUUCCAUAGUUCUGUCGUAAAUUUGUAUUUCAUUCACCGUUCCGCACCUACCGGCCGAUGGAAUGUGAGAAUCGUUGCGUGCACCCGUGCACGUUCAUUUUACUGACUUCUCUUUUGUACUGUCAACGAUCAAUGAUUGAGUACUAUCACAGACAAUAUAUACGAGUAGACAUUUCAUCCAAUGUAUUUUUGCGGCCCACAUUUCGAGAUCGCUAAAAUCAUAGGGUUUUUUUAUGGUGUCGGUGCUACAGUUUAGGUGGGCCACCAAUUCCCAUAAGAUGAAAAGUCUAUUCGUACACCUCGUCGGUGGUGCUAUUAUAGAAAAGUUGCAUUUGAAAUUACCUGCCGGUUUUCAGAAUACAAAUCAACAUGCGAGUCGCAAACAAAUGUACCGUGUUCACACGGUAUCUGAGAUAGUGUCUCUGUCAAAUACCGAAUUCGUUCAACGCUAUUCGAGCAGACGCGGAUAAUAUAUUACAAUAAAAAAUUGCACGACGUCAAUAGCAUUUGAUGGUACUUCAUUUGUCAAGUAUCACUGUCGUUAUGGUGUUCGGAUAUAUACAUACAUGUAUGACUACAAAACGUUUCUUACAUUCGUUCUUGGUUAUAUCUGUUGUAUCAUAUAUAACGAACUCAAUUUGUUGGUGUGGGUGUUCGUACACAUUGUACAAACACACGAAAAGGCGUAAUAAAGGUGUACAGAUACCUGUAUAGACAAUUACAUGUACAAGGCAGACGCGAAUAAGGA